UCACUGCCACGUAGAGGACCGACCGCCGCCGCCGCUGCUGCCGCUGCUGCUUCCCCAGAACUUGCAGAAGCCUUUUCAGUGCGGGUUGAUCCGGCCGUUUCUUGGCGUUCGGCGCGAUGCUGCUGACCGUGCUGAGCUGCAUGUGCGCCUCUCUGCUGGUGUCCGUCGGCGGGGGGAAAGUGCCCGAAGCUGAGGUGCAAAUAGAAGUCCUGCACAGACCUUUUCUCUGUCACCGAAAGUCCAAGUACGGAGACAUCCUGCUGGUGCAUCACGACGGGUACUUUGAGAACGGGACCAUGUUUCACUCCAGUCGAGCUGAAGGAGACAAGCAGGCGAUGUGGUUCACCCUGGGCAUCAGAGAAGCGAUCAAAGGCUGGGAUAAAGGCCUGCAGGACAUGUGCUCCGGAGAGAAGAGGAAACUCGUUGUACCUCCCGCUUUGGCCUAUGGGAAGGAAGGCAGAGGUAAAAUCCCACCUGAGAGCACGCUGACCUUCGUCGUCGAGGUGCUUGAGAUCAGAAAUGGGCCGAGGUCACACGAGUCCUUCCAGGAGAUGGACCUCAACGAUGACUGGAGGCUCUCCAGGGACGAGGUGAAAGUGUAUCUGAGGAAAGAGUUUGAGCGUCACGGCUACCCUCCAAACGACACCCUGCAUGACAACAUGGUGAAGGACAUCUUCGACAAAGAGGAUGACAACAAAGACGGCUUUAUAUCCUCCAGAGAGUUUACUUACAAGCACGAUGAACUUUAAAUCCCCAUCGUCUUCCAUGGACGACUCCCUCGCCCGGCGUCUUCCACUUUGGCAGAGUAUCAUUCUCUGCUAAACAGUCCACUUUUAUCGAGGCGGCGUUUAGAUCUGCUGUGUGACGUGUAAAAAAAAGCUUUGAACCUAAAAGUCAGUUUCAGGGAUGUUUUACUUUGUAUUUUUCUGUGGUUACUUCUACAAGAGCACAUUAUUGUCUUUCAUACAAUCAUUUCGGUUAAAGUACUUUUAAAUGGAGUUAGUUACUGAAUACAAAUCAUAUUACAAUUUCUGUUAUUAGUAGCGUAAACCUCUGGAUUACAUCAAAGUCCAGCAAUGGAAAUAUUGCAUUUCGCACAACCAAAGGUGACUAAUUUGUAUUUUAGGUCUCUUAAGUACCUCUACUUGUUUCUAUCAAGCUGUUGAAUGGGUAUUUUUCAUAAGGCCGCAGUGACUUGUCGAAGCAAGUGAAACCCAUCUUACACAGUACUCGGGCCCGGCGCCGGUGAACCUAAAUGCAAUGCUGCCAAUGUCAUUAUUGUUAUUAGCAAGCUGUGAGACACUGCAGUGUCAAAGCUGAACGCUUAUAUUGUUCAGCCCUGCUGGUAAGCAACAAACAUCCUCGCAUUCCGUCACACAUUUACGCUGCGCACACUAGAAUCUACAGCGAUCAGUUCCUAUGGCGCAACAGUUUUUUAAUACAAACACAUUUCGGUGUAGCUGGAUCAUUUUAUGUAUUUUACGACCAAUGUGAUCAACAAAAAUACUGUGGUUUAUUUUGUCACACCUUGUAAUACUGUACACUUUAAACCAGCAGGGGGCGCCGUCUUCACCGGUGUUAGUACAGAGGGAACGGAAACCUUCAUUCAUUAUUUGAAACCCCUCCGUGUAACUUAAAACUCAUGCAUACUCCCAAGUGUCAGUAUUCUCUCUCAACACUUUUAAAAAUUGAUUUAUUUCUCAUAAAAGUAAUUACACAAACACAGGGCAGCACCACUGUACGAACACUUUGAAGUAUUCACAUAAGGAUCGGCUCUGUUGCUGCUGGACCACAAUCUUUACAAUCUGUGGGUUCUACAAUGUUUCUGAGUUACAUGCAGACUUUGACUAUGAAAGUGCUAAAAUAUAAAGGGAAAUAUCAUAAAAUCAAAUAAAAAAAUGUUCUUUGAAAUGCUUA